AGACUUUGAAACGAAAGGAACUGCGCCAACAUUUGAGUGAUGGAUUGAUAGAACAUGGUGGUCAACUACUGCGGUAUACUCUCGCCGUAGCUUCUCAACUAAACGACUUCUCAUCCCACGUCCAGAAUAUACAGGGAUGUUGGCAUUAAUGAGGUUCGCUCUGGCUUGGCCGAGAAGUUUGUCAUGGUUGUCGGAAAGUUGACUGGCUUGGAAAGACGGGUUGAAAGUUUGGAGUCCAGUGCCAGUGGUGGGGGUGAUACAAGAAAUAGAAGCGAAUUGCAGGAGAUGAAGAGUAAGGUUAGAGACCUUACUGUCGAAUGCGGCAACUUCCGUGAACGGAAUAUGAGUCUGGAGCGAGAAGUGAGAGAUAAGGUCGCAAUUAUUGAUCGUUUGCGAAGUAGGAUGGAUCAAAUGGAUGAGUCUCUUGCUCUGAAUGCAGUCAAAAUUACCGAUUUGGAGUCCCAAAGAGUUCCGCGUGCACAACAAGUUAUCCACAGUUACAGUGGCACUCUACUGUGGAAGAUUGAAAGCUACCAGAGAAAACGGCAAGAUGCUAUCAACGGAGUGAAGACUGCCUUGUACAGUCCACCUUUCUACAGCGCUCAGUAUGGUUACAAGAUGUGUGCUAAAAUUUACAUGAAUGGAGAUGGCUUGGGAGAUGGCUCGUUGUAUCUUGUUGUGAAGAAAGGUGAGUUGAUUACUUGCGAAGAAUUUUGUUGUGCUUAGUUAUAUUUAGCAAAGUGUUUGAUACGCAAGCCAUGAGUGGGAUGGUGCCAUGCAUGUUGUAAACAUUAAUGCACCCAGGAUUAGAUGGCACUUGCUAUCGUAUGUUUAUGAAAGGCUCCAUUGUGUCAUAGUCUUUCAAACUAUUGUUUGGAAACUCCGCUGAAGUCUUUCUUCUAUCUUUUUGUUCGCGUUUAUGCGGUUUUGUGCACGGUGCAUGGUCAAUGAACAGAUUGUAUUUCAGUAUAAUGAACGAAUCAUCCAAUAGCGACGUUUCAGUUCAGUCAUUCAACCAUGCCAUUUAAAUAUUAAUAAAACUAAAACAAAGGGUGUGCACGGUGUAAGGUACGGCUCAACAUAAAAUCUCAGCUCAUUAAAACCGCUUUGAAGUUUACUGAGUUUCCAGAUCAUUCUCCAAAGACUAUGAUUGUGUAUAGUGAUUGUCGUAUAUGACAAUAAUUUGAUUAAUAUUCUAAAUUAUUAUCAAAAGGCGACUACGAUGCUCUUCUAACCUGGCCAUUUCAAAAGAAGAUUACGAUGAUGCUGUUGGAUCAAGGCAAUAUUGCCAAUGGAGAUCAUAUGAUUGAUGAGUUUUACUCAGUUCCUCCGCGUUCCGCUUCAUUUCAACGUCCGAAGUCUGAUAUGAAUAUCCCUUCAGGUUUCCAGUGCCUUGUGCCUCUUGGUAGCUUGAAUAACCGUCAAUACAUCAAGGAUGAUGUGAUGUUUAUUAAGAUCAUCGUCAACUGAUGAAGUAGACCGGGAAUUUUUUGCUAGCGGAUCAGGUAACCGAAAUUUUUUCACUUAGUUUGACAGGAUGGGUAAUCGAGAGAAUUUAUUUUCUGUUUUUGUGUGAAUGCAGUGCAGUAAUGAGGUGAAUUAGAUUUUGCUAAGUAGCUAUUUUUUAAUUUUUAAUUCCAAAGGAUUGUACGGGUAUUAAGGUCUUUUUUUCAAUAUUUUAUAAUAAAAUAUUGGAAAAAAGACCUUCCGUAUAAUCCUAUAGAAUUAAAACUUAAUAAAUAAUUUAUGCUAUGAACGGAGGUGAGAUAAUAUUUCGCCGAGCUUUUCCAAUCUUCCACUUCAAC